GACUUUCUAUCUAUUGGAGAACAGACAACGUUGUUACAUUCACAAAGUCCGAAUCUUAUGGCCACCCACUUAAUGCAAACUAUCCCAAAAACUUUUAUCACUAUGGAUUUUAGGCACAACUAUUUCGUUUGGUUCAAUUCCUUGCAAGAAAAGAGAACCUUCCGACUAGUACUUGUUUAAUUAUUGUUCACAACAAAUAAUAUACACCUUUGGAUUUUUGUGUUCUGUUUCCAAUCAGAACUUUUACUUUAUCAGUUCGUCAAGGGGUCUUAUAAUUGUAAUCUCUGUCGCUCUCUCUUUUUAUUUUUCUUAGUUUUGAUGUUUGACCUGAGGUUAGAUUUGUCAGACACCAACAGUUUUUAACAUUUUGGAAUAAUAUAAUCCGUUUUUGGUGAUGAUGGCAUUUGAUUGUUUUUCUUUCGUAGAGUGUAAAUUGGGAUAUGAAAUAACUCCUUAUUUUUAUAGAUUCUUUUUGAGAAAUAAAAUAAUUAUGAUGUGAAUUUUAAGGGCCUAGGGUUACUUUUUCAUCCUUUGGUUCUCAUCCAGUGCUUGUUUAUGAUUCUACAAGCCGUGGACUCACUUGGGUCGUCGAUAUUACUUGAUUUGCUCGUCCGGUAGUUGAGAGACCUUUAAUUCCCGUAUGGGUGGGUGAGUUUCUCUGUUGUACCGUCUCAAGAGGUGAGUUUUCCUUCUCAUCCCAUCUGGGUCUUGGCUGUUUUUUCGAUUUUAGCAGCUUUCGGCAUUGAAAAUUGAGGGCUUUUUACGGUUUACUCAAUCUUUGAGGGAAAUUUGAUUAAUUUUUCUGAUAUAUCGGUGAUAAGAAUAUAGGGUUUCGUUUAUUUUGGUUCCAGGAUUCUGUAACUAACUAUGGCCAUCUAGUAUUUGGGUGGGUGGCAGGGAUUUGGAUUGUUUGCUUGGUUAGUUUUUUAGGAUCUGCUUGCGGGUCUGGAUUGAGUUUGGGUGGAUUCUUCGCUAGGGAGGAAAUUGGUGCUGCAGUUGAGGGUUUAAAUCCAGUGGAUGUCAUAAUUUCGACUUCUAACUCUUCUGUAAGGAGCCUGUGACUGUGAGGCUUGUGUUGCAAAAGAUAAUUGGUGGUUCUUCUCUCCGAGAAAGGAUACUUGCAUUGUAAUGAUGUUUCAUUCUCAAGGAGCUUCAAAACACACCUGUAGUCUUCUUGCUGCUACCUGUGGGAAAAAUUCGGAAAAACUUAAAAAGGAUGAUGCUGCAGAGGAUAAGCCGAGAUAUCCCUUUCCUGAGUUGGUGUCUUCUGGACGUUUAGAGGUUCAGACUCUGACUAAUCCGAGCAAAGCCGGGUUUUGUAAGAUUCUGGAAUCGUAUAACCCGAGUAUUGUUUACUUGCAAGGAGAGCAAAUUGCGAAUGAUGAAGUUGGGCCUCUUGUGUGGGAAGGUGUUGACAUGUCCACACCCGAAGCUAUAUCUGAGAUAUUCACCACCACAUUGCCUACCGCUGUUUAUUUGGAAAUCCCAAAUGGAGAAAAAGUAGCAGAGGUGCUUCACUCAAAGGGGAUUCCUUAUGUGAUAUAUUGGAAGAAUUCAAUUUCUUAUUAUGCCGCUUGCCAUUUUCGUCAAGCAUUAUUUUCAGUGGUACAGAGUUCCUCUACUCAUGCAUGGGAUGCUUUCCAACUUGCACGUGCUUCCUUCAGGCUUUACUGUGUAAGAAACAACUAUGUCCUUCCUGCUAACAACCAGAAGGUUACUGGUGAGCUGGAGCCGUGCAUUCUAGGGGAUCGUUUGAAAAUCAAUGUUGAUCCCCCUGAGAUAGAUGCAGAGGGAGAUGAUGAGAGUUCUUCAGAUGCUCUGCCUGCUAUAAAGAUACAUGAUGAUGAUGUGAGCUUGAGGUUUCUUGUUUGUGGAGUGCCUUGCACAUUGGAUGCAUCUCUAUUAGAAUCCUUGGAAGAUGGCCUCAAUGCCCUCCUGAACAUUGAAAUACGUGGGAGCAAACUUCAUGGCAAGUUUAGUGCCCCUCCGCCACCCCUUCAGGCAGGGACAUUUUCUCGUGGUGUUGUGACCAUGCGAUGUGAUGUGACAACCUGCAGUUUUGCCCACAUCUCACUUCUGGUGUCUGGUAGUGCACAAACUUGCUUCGAUGAUCAGCUCCUGGAGAAUCAUAUAAAGAAUGAAAUUAUUGAGAAGAGUCAACUAGUUCAUGCACUUCCUGACAGUGAAGAAAACAAAAUUACAUUCUCAGAGCCUCGUAGAUCUGCUUCAAUUGCCUGUGGGGCAGCAGUAUUUGAAGUUUGCAUGAAGGUGCCUUUAUGGGCUUCACAGGUUUUGAGGCAGUCAGCACCAGAUGUUUCAUAUCGUAGUUUAGUUGCACUUGGCAUUGCCAGCAUUCAGGGAUUGCCUGUUGCUUCUUUUGAGAGAGAUGAUGCUGAGCGUCUACUUUUUUUCUGUCCAAGGCAUGGGAAAGAUACUUGUACAGACAAUUUAAUGUUUAGCAGCGCCCCAAGUUGGUUGAGACCACCUGCUCCUACUCGAAAGAGAUCCGAACCAAGCCAAGAGACUACGCCUGGUUCUCGUAAUGGUGUGUCUAAUAAACGUGAUGUAGAGGACAAGGAUGCCAGAUUGAGGAAUCGGGUUAGCAUGCCCUUACUCCCAGCUCGGAAAAAAGUGAAGGUUGCUGCAAUGAGGCCUAUCCCUCAUGUUCAACGCCAUAAAAUGACGCCAUUUUCUGGAAUGUCUGAGGCAGAUGGGCAUGAAGGAGGCCAAGUUAAGGCUAAUUUGCCAGUUGUUGCCCCUACAAAGCACAGUAUUGUGGGAUCAACUCCUACAACACAGAGAAGAACAUAUUCAAGCUCAUCACAGGCCAAGCAGAUUAUUUCCUUGAAUCCACUACCUCUGAAGAAACAUGGGUGUGGCAGGAGUCCAAUGCAUACUUGCUCCGAGGAGGAGUUUCUGAAGGAUGUGAUGCAGUUUCUAAUCCUUCGAGGGCACACUCGACUUAUCCCUCAAGGCGGACUUGCUGAGUUUCCAGAUGCCAUACUUAAUGGGAAGCGUCUUGACCUCUUCAACUUGUACAAAGAGGUGGUUACAAGAGGAGGCUUUCAUGUUGGCAACGGUAUCAACUGGAAAGGGCAGAUCUUUUCAAAGAUGCAUAAUUACACAAUGACAAAUAGAAUGACUGGUGUUGGUAAUACGCUAAAAAGACACUAUGAAACUUACCUUCUAGAGUACGAAUUGGCUCAUGACGAUGUAGAUGGAGAGUGUUGCUUGCUAUGCCACAGUAGUGCACCAGGGGAUUGGGUGAAUUGUGGCAUAUGUGGUGAGUGGGCCCACUUUGGCUGUGACAGAAGGCAGGGUCUUGGUGCUUUUAAGGAUUAUGCAAAAACAGAUGGGCUGGAAUACAUAUGUCCACAUUGUAGCAUUACAAAUUUCAAGAAGAAACCACAGAAAGUCGGAAAUGGAUAUUCCCAAGGCUUGAUGGUAUCACGACCACUGUGAUUUCAGUUUUACAUUCCCUUCAGCUUAGCUUCCCUUCUCUCUCUCUCUCUCUCUCUCUCUCUGGCUCACCAGUUUUGGGGUCUCUUUACUAGUAUCAUUUUGUGAGCAACUGAAAUUUGUUCGGCUGCUGGGGUUGGAGGGACUCAUUAUGUUCUCAUCCAUUUUCAUUGGAAAUAUGUUAGGAGGAUUGUGGGGGAACCACAAGAAGUAGAAAUACGAAAUCAAUGGAGCAUAGGAGUUUGCUGGCAUAACAUCAAAUGUAGGAAUUUUAUAUAUUUUAUUUUUACCUUUUAGUGGGGCGGGAAGUCUUUAUAGGGUGAAGAAUGCCCUUAACUUGGGAAGAGUGGUUGUAAAAUAUUUGAUUCUCCAUUGAACUUUUGACUGAUGUAGCUUAACAUCAUGAGGGAUAUAUCCUUUAAACAAUUUAGAUUAUAUUAAAAAAAAAAGUUUCUAUAUUA